CUAUCACAACAGUGGGAACUACACAGGCUGCAACUACAACUACACAACCUAUCACAACGGUGGUAACUACACAGGCUGCAACUACAACUACACAACCUAUCACAACAGUGGGAACUACACAGGCUGCAACUACAACUACACAACCUAUCACAACAGUGGGAACUACACAGGCUGCAACUACAACACAACCUAUCACAACGGUGGUAACAAAACUGGCUCCAACCACAGCGGCAGAGACCACACAGCCUCCAACAGUGGUCGAAACUAGAGAUACAACAUUGGUAAUAACUACACCGUCGCCAUCGACAAUGGAUAAAACUACGGAGACACCAUCCACGAUGGAGACUACAGCCUCUACAACAAGAGUAAAAACUACCAAAUCUACAACUAUGGAGAAAUCUACACAGGCUGCAACCACAACUGAAGCUACAAGACCUAAAACCACGGUGACAGCAACACAAAUUCAAACCACAGCAGCAAGUACAACGCCUGAAACAACAGUGACAACUCUGAUGACUUCAACCAUAUCACAUGCUACGCAGCCUAUUACAACGGUGACAACUGCAAAGGCUCCAACCACAGCAAAAACUACACCGCCUAUAACAACGGUGAAAACUACACCGGUUCUAACUACAGUAGAAACUACACAGCCUCCAACCACAGUAAGAGACACAACAUUGGUAGAAACUACACCAUCACCAUCUACAGUUAAAACUACACAGUCACCAACGACAAUGAAAACUACAGCCUCGACAACAACACUAAAAUCCACACAGACUCCAACCUCAGCGGAAGCAACACAGCCUGCAACUAUAAUGGAAACUACACGGUUUACAACUGCGGCUAAAACUACACCACCUUUGACAACGAGUGGCCAAAGCACCUUAACAACAUCAGAAACCUCCCAAGCUUCGACAGAGAUGAUGGCGACAUCAAGUACGGGGGAGACUUUGUCGCCUACAACAAGUGCCGCUUCUACCAUGCAGCCGACGAUAGCUUCUUCAACCACAGGAAAGUCUACAAAUGCUGCUAUAUCUACAAUCCAACCAUCAACUAUCUAUGCCACAACGACGGGACUGACAACAAAAAUUACAACAUCCCAAGCAACUUCAACAUCAGCUUUGUCAACGCAAUCACGAACAGUGUCAUCUACAUCUGAAGAGCAAACAACGACUCUGAUUAGCACAAAACGGUCCACUACAGACUUUGACACGACGGUGCUUAAUACAGAGGAACUGCCUUCUUCGGAGGGGGUUUCAACAGUGGGGUCAUCCACACAGUCAUCAACUACCUUGCAGGUAUCAACCGGAUUCCCCACAACAGAACGUCCUCUCCCUACGUUUGAAACGACAACAGUGCCAUCCACAGCUGUAGAGCAAACAACGGAUAUGACGACCACGAAACCGUUAACCACGGAAUCUUACAAGACAAUGCUUAAUACAGAAGAACCGACUACUUCGGACGUUUCAACAGUGGGGUUAUCCACACAGUCAUUAUCUACAGUGCAGGGGUCGACAGCAACUCCCACAACAGAGCAUCAUCUCACUACCUUUGAGUCGACAACAGUACUACCUACAACUGAAGAGCUAACAACAGCUGUAGUAAGUACUGAACCGUCAACUACAGAUUCUGACACGACGGUGGUGUUUAGUACAAAAGAAACGACUACUUCGGACCAAGUUUCAACCGUAAGGUUAUCCACAGAGUCAUCAACUACCGUGCAGGGGUCGACAGAAUCUCCCACAACAGAGCAUCAUUUCAGUACCUUUGAACCGACAUCCUUACUUUCGACAACUGAAGAGCAAACUACUGCUGUGACAACCACCGAACUGUCAACUACAGACUCUGACACGACGGUUCCUAUUACAGAAGAACCGACUAUUUCGGAGAAGGUUUCAACAGUGGAAUCAUCCACACGGUCAUUAUCUACUAUGCAGGGGUCGACAGCAACUCCCACAACAGAACAGACUUUCAGUACCUUUGAACCGACAUCCAUAUUGUCGACAACCGGGGAGCAAACCAUGGCUAUCACCGAUGUCUACUCAAGAAGUUCCGUCGCAGGACACAUCUACUCUCUUGUAAUAACGUCCUUCGCAAGCGGAAGCCUCAUCGUGGAUACGACCAUCACAGCUGACCCAGACGCUAGUCUCACAGCAGACGCCAUGGAGCAGGCCUUCAUUGAGUCUCUGGGGGCUGACAUGGACAUGCACGCAGGUCUACGACAAUGCCCAAUGCCAGGCACCAGUAGUGACAACAACAGAAGAAAACAUCGCAACGCUACCUUUAACAACUACACAGCCUAUCACAACGGUGGGAACAACAAAGGCUACAACCACUUUAGAAACUACACAGCCUCCAACAGUGGUGGCGUCAACUGCUGCAGAGACCUUGUUGCCUACAACAAAUGCCGCUUCUACAAUACAGCCGACGACGGAUGGUUCAACUCUACAGCCAACAACUGA